UUUCCUAUUUCAAACGCAGGUUAGCGUUUUUCGUCAUGGAUCUUGUUCUGGAGGCAGGUCUGCAGAGUGGUCACUAGUUGGCACAACCACAGUCAUAAAAUCUGAUUUUAAACCUAAUCUUAACCACGCUGCUAACCCUAAUGCCCAACUUUAAUUUAAGACAAAUGCACGCUUUUGUGUUUUCGUGAUUGUUUAAAAUAAGGCAAAUUUGACUUUGCAGCUGGCUCGUGGAGCGGAAAUCGCCCAGUUAUGCCUCUGAGGGCAAGAUUCAUGACAUAAACGUCAACUUGAAUUGGAAACCGCGCCAUACAAAUAAGCCUUGUUGAAAUGCUAGCUAACUAAAUAGGCUACUUGCUAGCAGAACUAUCCACGCGAGUCUGUUGGGUCGCACAAGAACGAGAAUAGGAGCAAGUGAAUCGUUGCAUUUUCCUUCUGCCAGUGAGCGACUCAAGCCCUAAAGAGGAUGUUUUAGAUUCGGAAUUCGAUUGCAAUUGGGAGGGGGUGAUGGGGCGGUGGCAGCCCUGCGUGGUGGCUGAAAUUGAUCACCAGCUAUUUAGCUAACCGACGAAUGAACUGGCAAAAAUAACAGUCUUCCUUUUGUGAAGGGAUCGGUGUGUAAUCAUGUGGAUUAUUUGCCUUUUCAAAAGCAAUUCGACGUAUUCACUUCAUUAUAUUAACUUUAGUUCUCUCAGGCUCUUCAUCCUUCAUGGUUGAAGCCUAUUGUUCUGUGCGGCCAAGUGUUCUCAGUGAGAACUGCUUCGUUAUUUGCCCCCAGGCGACGUGUUGGGUAAUUUAGGCUAAUUCUGUUAUCUUUUGCAUUAAUCAGCGAACGUGGCAUAGGCUACUCUUGUAGGAUGGCGUAAAUCGAGGUUGAGAGGUCUUUGAAGCCUCCCCCAAUUCUCAGGAUUAUUAGAACGUGAGUCAUUCAUUACAAGUACUGUACUCUCAAUGCAAUAAAACACUUGGUUCAAACUGUAUCAUAUAGGCUAACAUUGUGGCUUCAGGCAAUUAACUCGGAGCUAUUUUUUUGCUUGUGUUAAUGUUAUGCAACUAGACGACACUCUUCUCUCCAAAAUAACGGGUGAAUAACGUUAGUCUCCAAAACCCUCAACGUGUAGGUACCAUAUACAGUUACAGUUAAUCAUUAUAGAUGGCCCACAGGCCUAACCGCUGCCCCUGAUGUUCGGAUGACAAUGAGCGAUAUAGGGUGGGGUAGUGGGCAUGGGUAGGUCAAUAUUCUGCAAUGAUCUGCCAUGAUGUAUUGAUGCCACUCGGGAAUAAAUUGCAUCCCAGGGUGAUUAAUGUGAGCACUUUUCAGGCAUGGCCUUGUCUGGCUUAGAGAGGCUCCAACAUGCUAGUCAACCCUCUGGUGCAUUAAUGAGCGAUGGCUGACUCACAAAGCAAGCAAGUGAAUGAGGCAGCGGGAUGGAGACACGCUCAGACAUGGGACUGAUGCAUUCAUGUGAAAUUAAAGGCAGGUCCUGUUUUACCCAAGUGCUGCUGGCUUGUUACAUAAAAAAAAAUAUAUAUAUAUACAUCAUGUCUAUGAAUCUAAUGAUAAGACAGAUUUCUGUGUUAAAUAUCCUUUAUCUUGUUUUAGCAAAAGUGUUAUCUUUGUACUUUCAACCAAUGUUUCAGCAUUGUGACAUUUGGUACCAAAUUCCCCUUGCCACUUUCACAAUAGGCUGAAAACGGAUUCCUCCUCUCAUAUGUCUCCGCUGGCAUUUUUGUUAUUACAUUGUCUGUCACACCUAUUUUAAGUCUCUCAUAUAAUGCCAUGCACAUGUUUUAGUAAGCCUGCUGAAACAGUUGGCCAAAGGAGGGCUUAGAUGUCUGCGAUCAGAAGAGAUGCAAUUCCAUGAGGAAUUCAUACUCGGGUGAUUUUAUGACCGACACUUCUCUUUGCUCUGCCCUUCCUCUGACCUAUGCCAUGGGCUGUCGGGGAGAUGCCUCCAGUAAUUUGUGCCUCGGUUGCCCUCGGGCGUAGUAGGCUUAAUAAUAGGUUGAUACAGUGACGUCCCUAACUGUAAAUAUCCAAAUUUGUGUGUCCUCUGCCUGCCCUGGACUGGUCUCCUACUCACCAGAUCCCCCUCAGGCUGAACCAAGGGCCAGGGUUCCGGUCUGGAAGCACGCUUUCGACUGCACCUACAGUCUUGCGUCGGUACUAGAGGUCGACCGAUUAAUCGAAAUGGCUGAUUAAUUAGGGCCGAUUUCAAGUUUUCAUAACAAUCGGAAAUCUGUAUUUUUGGGUGCCGAUUUUGAAAUUAUUAAAAAAAAAAUAUUUGCAUCUUUAUUUAAUUAGGCAAGUCAGUUAAGAACACAUUCUUAUUUUCAAUGACGGCCUAGGAACGAGGCAGAACGACAGAUUCGUACCUUGUCGGCUCAGGGGAUCCAAUCUUUCAACCUUACAGUUAACUAGUCCAAUGCUCUAACCACCUGCCUCACGAGGAGCCUGCCUGUAACGCGAAUGCAGUAAGCCAAGAUGGCAGUGAAAAGCAGAGCACCAGUGUGGGACUGUUACAUGGAAUUGGCACCAGGGAAAGCAAGGUGUCUUAUUUGAGAUUAAGAUAUCAGACUCCACCAUCGCCUGAGUGCAGUUACCAUCUUCAGUCUCAAGCUCUCCAGCCCUCCUCUGAAGAGACGGACAGCCAGGACUGAGGGGAGAUGAAACCGGAUGGGGUUGCCACGGCAGCGAUGGAGCCAAUGGAAGCACUGGAUGCCGAUCCGGUAAACGAGUCAGUUGCGAUGGGAGAGGAGCCUGACCAGGCUGCGCCGGCACCUCAGACGGAGGGAGUUGGCCAGCAGGGAGAGAUGGGGCAGGGUGAGCCUCAACCAGAGCCAGCCCAGGUGGCCCCCACCAAGACGGGGAACAACAAGGCUGCAGCAGACCCAAAAACCAAGACCAAGGCCCCCGCUGCUAAGACGAAGCCUGGGACCACCACCACAAUUAAGACCACGACCGGACCAGGGUCUCGACCCAACACCGCCCAGAGCCGACUGACCAAUGGGGUUUCCAAGCCACAUGCCAACGGAGUGGCCAAGAAGACCACCACUGGUGCCCCAGAGAAGACUACGCCCAAGAGGCCCGUAGGCACAGCCGUUGCCCCUACCACUAAGACCACCGCCAAGGUUGGUGAGAAGAAGCCAGCGGGCACCACCCGCCCUGCAUCGGCUCCUGCUGCCACCAAUGGGGUGAAGGCCACCACAGGAACAGCAGCAAAGAAGACACCUGCCGCGCCAACUAAUGGUGUCAAAGCCACCACCACCGCUGCUAAGAAGCCCACAGCUCCCCGGCCUGUCUCUGCAGCUACCACCAAGCCCAGCACUGCCGCUGCUCCCAAGCCUGAUAGGCCCCCUGUUUCCAAGACAACCAGGCCUGCCACUGCUGCUCCAGGAUCUCGCCCUGCCUCUGCUGCAGCCAGGCCAGCCACAGCCAGCACAGCCAAGAGCUCCACAUCCACAGCCAAGCCUGGCACCCCCACGGCUAAAACCACCUCCACCACUCCCAGACCAGCCUCUGCCAAAGCUGGCUCUACAACACCCUCUGCUGGACGGAUACCAACAUCACAGCCCUCAAAAACCGCGACUCCCAUCAAGAAAGAUGUUACCAAAUCAGCCACCAAGAAGCCUGCAGCGGCUCCUCUCAAUCGCACCUCACCAGCCAAGACCACCAAACCUGAGACUCCCAAAUCAUCCUCCGCAUCCAAGCCAGACUCCACCCCCAAGAAGCCGGCUGCCAGCAGCAAGGCCGCAGACACCAAGAAGACGCCAAGCAAGCCCACGCCUUCAAAGGAUGUCAGUGCUGGCCCCAAGACCCCUAGUAGCAAGCCAGCAGGGAAGGCUUCCACCCCUAAGAAGACUGUGGGCAGCAACACUCCCAUGGCAGUGAAGCGUGGCCCCAAACCCACGAUGGCGGCAGAGCCCGCAACUAAAGAGGGUGAGACCCAGGACGCCGCUGUUGCUGCCACCAUAUCUGCAGCUGCCGUGGCUGCUGUGGUCUCCAUGGCAACCUCGGAAGAAGCAGUGGUGGCUGUGGUCCCAGAGGAGAAGGAGACGGUGCCCCCUCAGGCCAGCCAGCCAGAGGAGGCCCCAGAGGCCUUUAUCUCUCAGCUGUCAGCUCAGCUGAACCUGGUCCCCCUGGAAGAGCCAGCAGACACAGUGUCUCCCCUGGGCACCACGGUCAUGUCUCCUCCAUGCUCCCCCACCGGGCCCAUGUCCCCGGUCAGGGAGCCCCAGAAUGCCUCUGCUCUGCUGGACAUGCACGUGCAGCCAGAACCCAGUUCCCAGAACCAGUCUGCCAUGGCUCCACAGAGCCCGGUCCAGGAGGAGGUGAUAUUCCAGUCAGACUCCUGGGCCCAGAACCAGUCUGCCAUGGCUCCACAGAGCCCGGUCCAGGAGGAGGUGAUAUUCCAGUCAGACUCCUGGGCCCAGACCCAGUCUGCCAUAGCUCCACAGAGCCCGGUCCAGGAGGAGGUGAAGGUCCAGCCAGAUGAGCAGCAGGAGGACCUCCUCAUGCCCUCCUCUUCAGCCCCUGCUGCAUUCAGCAUAAUGUCUCAGCCCAUGGAUGAGUUCACCUCAGAGGUCCUGGUCUCUCCCUCUCAGGACCAGGAAGAGGCAGUGGAGAAGGCAGAUGAGGAGAUCAACGAAGAUGAUGAUGAUGAGGAGGAAGAGGAGAGGACAGUGGGCAAGCCGACAUUACUGUUGGACAUGAGUAGCUCUCAGCCCUCAGAGGAGACCAAUCCUGCAGGCUUCGGUGGUGCUACCGGUUGGCAUCGGGAUCAUGUCUUGUCAGAGAUGGAUUCUGAGGAUGUGAGCAGUAUGAGCAGCCGCCUGCAGGGGGCGUCACAGAUUAGUAGCACCCAGCAUAUGGGCCUGCUGCAAGGUACCCAGAGCUCCGACGCCCUGGUAGACUCCAGCCUCAAGGGCUCUGAUGGAGAAGGGGCCUUCAUGGGCUCCCCCAAUGUAGAGACCCUGUCCAACGAUGAGGAGGAAGAGGAAUAUGAGGAUAGGAAAGUGUGCAAGCCGACAUCACUGUUUGACAUGAGUAGCUCUCAGCCCUCAGAGGAGGCCAAACCUGUAGGCUUCAGUGGUUCCACCGGUUGGCAUGGGGAUGACGUCUUGUCAGGGAUGGACUCUGAGGAUGUGAGCAGCCGCCUGCAGGGGUCAUCAGAGAUUAGCAGCACCCAGCAUACGGGCCUGCUGCAGGGUACCCAGAGCUCCGACGUCCUGGUAGACUCCAGCCUCAAGGGCUCCGAUGGAGAAGGGGCCUUCAUGGGAUCCCCCAAUGUGGAGACCCUGUCCAACGAUGAGGAGGAAGAUGAAGAGGAAUAUGAGGAUAGGAAAGUGUGCAAGCCGACAGCACUGUUGGACAUGAGUAGCUCUCAGCCCUCAGAGGAGGCCAAACCUGCAGGCUUCAGUGGUUCCACCGGUUGGCAUGGGGAUGACGUCUUGUCAGGGAUGGACUCUGAGGAUGUGAGCAGCCGCCUGCAGGGGUCAUCAGAGAUUAGCAGCACCCAGCAUAGGGGCCUGCUGCAGGGUGAGGAGAUCAACGGAGAUGAUGAUGAAGAGGAGAGGACAGUCCUGGUAGACUCCGGCCUCAAGGGCUCCAAGGGAGAAGGGGCCUUCAUGGGCUCCCCCAAUGUGGAGACCCUGUCCAACGAUGAGGAAGAUGAAGAGGAAGAGGAAUAUGAGGAUAGGAAAGUGUGUAAGCCGACAUCACUGUUUGACAUGAGUAGCUCUCAGCCCUCAGAGGAGGCCAAACCUGUAGGCUUCAGUGGUUCCACCGGUUGGCAUGGGGAUGACGUCUUGUCAGGGAUGGACUCUGAGGAUGUGAGCAGCCGCCUGCAGGGGUCAUCAGAGAUUAGCAGCACCCAGCAUAGGGGCCUGCUGCAGGGUGAGGAGAUCAACGGAGAUGAUGAUGAUGAGGAAGAGGAGAGGACAGUCCUGGUAGACUCCGGCCUCAAGGGCUCCGAGGGAGAAGGGGCCUUCAUGGGCUCCCCCAAUGUGGAGACCCUGUCCAACGAUGAGGAGGAAGAUGAAGAUGAAGAGGAAUAUGAGGAUAGGAAAGUGUGUAAGCCGACAUCACUGUUGGCCAUGAGUAGCUCUCAGCCCUCAGAGGAGGCCAAACCUGCAGGCUUCAGUGGUUCCACCGGUUGGCAUGGGGAUGACGUCUUGUCAGGGAUGGACUCUGAGGAUGUGAGCAGCCGCCUGCAGGGGUCAUCAGAGAUUAGCAGCACCCAGCAUACGGGCCUGCUGCAGGGUACCCAGAGCUCCGACGUCCUGGUAGACUCCAGCCUCAAGGGCUCCGAGGGAGAAGGGGCCUUCACGGGUACCACCAAUGUGGAGACCCUGUCCAACGAUGAGGAGCGAGUUGAUGAUAUGGAUGUGAGCUCAGAGCGGGCAGUGGACCACCAGAACGUGUGUCAGCAAGAGGAUGAGGAGGAUGAUGAUGUGGAGAUGCCCAGCGAAGGGGUGACGGAGAGUGGACUGGAGAGCUGUGGGAAUGCAGAUGAGGAUGACUACACAGAGGAGGACCGUUUGGACAACCUCAACCGUUCGACCGUCCCACCUUCCUCAGCCUGGGGUCAGACAAACCCCUUCACUGACCCCUGGGCCCAGCCCCACCUCUCCUCCCCCCACACCGCCUCCAGCCCCCUGUCUGACCACGGGGCUGACGGCCCUGAGACGCCCACCCAGUCCUCUGCCCAGGCCUGGUUGGAUCUCAGUGCCCCCUCUCUGAUGCUCCGGUCAGAGCAGCCCUCAGAGCCUCAGUCUGUCCCUGAGGAGAUGGAGAGCUCUUCCCCAGUGGAGGCCUCUGCCCCCCCAGGCCCCCCUGCUGUGGGCAUGUCUCAGUCCAGCACCCUGAGUGGCACGGCCCUGGCCGUCCACAGCAGCAGUGAAACCAGCACUCCCGAGGAGCUCCGUGACUAUGACAGCAGCUCUGGGGUGGAGUCACGCUCUGACAAGCAGCAGACUCCCGUGCCAUCCAAUGUGCAGCCUGACCUGGAGCAGGACUUGGGCAUCCAUCUGGAGCGAGGUGACGAGGAGGAGGAGGCUGAGACGCUCCCUGCUGACGAGGUCCUGGGAGCAGGCCCUCCUACUGCCCCUGCCUCUGCCCCCUCCUCCCCCUCCACCUCGGGAGACGAGGCCAGUGACACGGAGGGUGAGAUGCAGAUCAAUGACCCAGAUGUCCCCGUCACCAUGGAUGACAGCGCUGAGUUCGACAGUCCACCCUCCGCCCGUAUCCUGCCUGCCCUGGAAGAGGAUGAGGAGGUGGUGGAGGCGCCGGCCGGAGGAGAGGAGGAGGACGGGGGUGGCGGCACACCCCAGUCUGCCAACUCGGUGGCGUCUUACGGCUUCGACUGCACCAUGUCCAACUCCAACGCCCACUCCACUGCCGAGAGCUGCGGUAAGAGUCCCGGCAUCUUCUCCCUGGAGAACGAGGACCAGUUGCCUGAGGAGGCCAAGGACCCCUCUCUCAUCAAGGAGCUGACCCUGCCUGCAGCGGCCGCCCAGUCAGAGGAGCUGCUGGGAGGCCCUGUAGACCUGCUGCCCCUGGGCCAGCCUGGGGACCAGCACCACUACAUGCUGGGGGGGAAGAUGGAUGCUGACGACCUGGAGGACACCCUCCGCCUGGGGCCCCAGCAUGCCGGGGAGGCCAGCGAGGGCCAGCCACCCUACUACUCUGCUAUAUGCGAUAAGACUGAUAGCUUUCUGGCAGGUAACGUAUAAGUCCCUACCCCUGGAAUGCACCUUCUCCCUCGCACCCCUCCCCCUUGUUGUUCUUAGUUUUUCUCUCCAGGUGGGUUAGAUGGUUUUAGAAAAACAAGCAAAUGAUGGUAGGAAACAAAAAAAGCAAGGGGAACGAAAAAGACUGUAGAUCAGUGAAGCCUCCCUCUUUCAUACUACUAUUAUGGUUAUGAAUGUCUGGCACUACUUUAUAUCUACACUAGCUACCAUUUUCUAUUAGAAUGUUCUUUUUAAGUAACACUGCGUACUCCGUAACCCCUGAGGGGGCAUUGACUGACUGGUCCGUUGGGACAAAGCUCUUAAAAGAAAAGGAGUAAAAGGAGAAUGGACUCUACCUACAUGUGUAUUUAUCCUACUGUUUUUACCAAACAAAUGUCAGUUCUUUUGUUUUUGUACUUGUUUAGUUGGAACCUGGUCCUCCCUCCCCUAUGUACAGGCUCCAUUUGAUCCUGCACCGUAGAGAUAUCCUACUCUCUUUUUUUUACAAGUUUGUCUUGUUUUCAGCACCAUUUUAGUAUUGAAUAAAGACUAGAUAUUUAACAUGGCUUUCCUCCCCUUCUAGUUUUGUCGAGGUCGGUAUGGGAGUGUUCAAUUUGAAGUUUGUCUAGUUUUAAUUUGCGCUACAGGAAGUUUGCCUCUCCCUGCAUAGAUUACCAUGGCAAGUAAAGUUGUCAUGUACAGUGUUUUUUGAGGCAUCUGUUUUAAGUGUUCAUGCCUCUUAGUUGAUCAUUUGUGCUUCAGAACCAACUAACAACUAUUUCUGGGGGAAAACCGUGCAUUCCUCUGCAUUUUAGAAUGCUUUUCUCACUGAAACGCUUUUAGUGAUAUUGCAUAUUCCAACUUGCAUGUGCUAACAUUGAAAUUGUAUCUGAUUAAACCAUUAUACAGUAGGGAUGUUCAUAAAUGAAUGGUUCACGCUAAGUAGGUGUUUCAAAAUUCCAUUAAACAUCAUUGCAAGGCA